AUGGAGUCGGAGCUAAGAAAGUACGAGAAGUACGUGGGCAAUGUUAAAGUCAUGCUUCGGUAUUGUGGUUUGUGGCCAGUUGGUAAUCGAGUGGUCAGUCGAGUCCUCGCUUUCAUAGCUUUUUUCACGACUUUGAGUGCCAUGCUCGCGGUGCUCAAUUUUUGCCUUCAUCAUGCGAAUAAUAUCAUCGUGCUUACCAAGGGGGCUGGAUUGGCUAUCAGUUUGUGUACUGCUUGCUUAAAGGUGUGCAUUUUCAUUCAUCAUCGACAAGAUUUACUUUACCUUCAUGAGAAUCUGACCGCAAGGUAUCUCGAGGAUAUGAAGGAUGUAGAUAGGAGACAUCAAUUGUUGACUCGUGUAUCAUUGUAUUCGAAGUUUUUUUUAGUCGGCACAGUCGCUGCUUUUGGUACUAUAGCUCUGUACGCUAGUAUAUCGCUCAUUGCUUGGGCUAAGUAUGGGAAAUACGUUCGAGUGUUUCCCGUGAUUUAUCCUUUCGUCGGUAAGCCCACCGGAUUGCUGCAUUGGAUUUUUUACAUGUGCGAGGUGACAACAGGAAUAUUCUUGUCGUUCGUCACUGCUGGAGUUGAUUGCUCUUUUGGUAUGUACUCGAUGCAGAUGUGUGGUCAAUUAAGAGUUCUGGCUGAUAAGUUCCAAAAUUUAACCUGCGGUGGAGAUUACUUAAUCAGAAUUAAAGAUUGCAUUCAGAGACAUCAUAUGCUUUAUACAUCAAAAAAGAAGCUUGAGAAUCUUUUUGGCAUUGUGACCAUUUGGUUUGCCGUCACUGCGGCUGUCGUCUUAUGUACGUUAAUCUUCCAAAUCACUCAGGCCGUCAAAGCGAAGUCAACAUCUUUGCAACUCGGUCUCCUGGCCUUGUAUUUCGUACUCAAAUGUUUGCAAGUUUUUAGCUUUUCCGUCUACGGAAAUGCAAUUACUGUAGAAAGCAAAUUAUGCUUGGAUGCCGUAUAUAAAGCUCAAUGGACAGAUUUAUACAACGCGAGUUGGAGAAAUGAUAUUCUUAUUAUCUUAGCUCAAAAGCCAAUAACUCUUAUAGCGAAAGGAUGUAUGCUCAUUCAAUUAGAAAUGUUUGCUAAGAUCAUGAAUACUUCGGUAUCAUAUUUCUUUUUACUACAAACUUUAGAGGAAGCAUCACAGUAG